GGCUGCCCCUCUUUCUGUCGCCGUCAAGACGUGUUAUUACCUCCUUUCCUGAGACGAGACGGUGAUUGGGAAAACGCUUCUUCAUUCCAAUGAAACCUUCAUCGAAAACGGCGCAUUUUAAGUCAAGAAAUGGAUGUCUAAGAUGCAAGGCCAAGAAGACCAAAUGCGAUGAGCGGCGGCCUGCAUGCGCUCGCUGUGAAGAUCGUGGUUUCCGAUGCCCUGGCUACGCGCUCAAUGUGCGAUGGUCGCAGAGACACCAGAUGUAUGCGGAACGGCCUGUCCAGAUUGAACCAAUUCAGAGUCCAGCACAAGGUAGCAGUCCAGGGUCGGAACGUGGCAAAGACGUCGCGAACACGCCGGCUUGCUCCAUCACCGAAGUUUCCGCAGCUUCCGAAGUCACUGCUACGGGGAAUUACAUCCAACAACUUGACUUGGGUCUGAGUCCAUCCACACAAUGGGACUUUUCCAUGCUCUGUGAUCCUCUGGCACCACCGGACGAGCUGUAUGGAUUUGAUGACGAUGCUGUCAACGAGCUGCUAUCAGAGGAAGCGCCGGUAUCGACGACAGAUCCGAUCUGGGACCCUUCAUUCAUAGGCGUUUCCGGCAGCUUUCCAAAUGGAACUACAAGUGCACUGCAGAAUGUCGAGGGUACGACAGGAGGCCAGAAACGAUCCACCGAUGUCAUGCAAUGCGCCAGAAAACAAAGUAACCUCCCAAAAGAACAACGCCUUCGCCAAUAUCAGCAUCAGCCGCUCCAAGAACACUGCCGCCAGGGGCUUGUCGGAGCUUGCGACAAUCCCUUCUUAGACCGGCCGCGCGAUUUGUUCAACCUACCGUCGGCGCUGUCAGAUUACUUCUUCCGCGAAGUCAUCACCCUCUAUUGCACUUGGGACAGUGAUUCCAAUGCAAUGCGCAACAUCGUCGAGAAAAUGUGGCAGUCCUCUGGCGCUCUGUACCACACUACCCAGAGCAUGGCUGCAGCAUGUUUGUCUGAAGACUUUCCCCACCUCGCAUCAAUCGCAACGGCCGAACACCGUCAGGCUCUUGAGUACAUCCAGGGCAGGUCACAACAAUCUACCAUGAAGGAAGAUAACCUGCUGGCAAAUAUGCUACUCGGGCAUACGGCAAGCUGGCUCAACCCGCAAAAUCUGGCUACAGACUUGUUCCGGGGGAGCUACAUGAUGUUAAAGGACACCAUGGCAGAGAUUGGUGACGGUCGGGACCUAUCGUUCUUCAGCGACACUAUGGACUACUGGGCUAUGCUUCUUGUCUAUCUUACAGACAGCAGUCAUCUCGGUGAUUAUCGUCGGGACUUUUCGACGGGACCGACACGCCCUAGUACCACAAGCAUUGAGCCACAUCCAUUCUCCGGCAUUUCUCGCGAAACGAUCAGAAUGCUUACAGACGUGGGUAUUCUAAUAUUCCAGUACCGAAAGUGCAUGCUAGGGGUCAAGUUUAUGACAGAAAAGGAUCUCGACGUGUUCAGGGCGACGUUCCGAGAGGCUCGUCGACUUGAGAGAAUGCUCCUCGCGCAUCGUGCACCAGAUGUAACGCAGAUUACAGACCCAGGUGAUCCAAAGACACCCCUCAUCCACCUCCAGCACCUCGACGAAGCCUACCGAUGCACUGGACUACUUCAGAUCUAUCGUGUCUUCCCGGAUCUGCUCAACGAGCGUUAUGCGCCUUGGAAUAAGGAAGACAUACUGCGACCCCCGCCUGCAACAAAUACGCCCACGGCAGAGGAGAGAAACAUCUGGCUGACGAAGCUCGCGAUGCACAUCCUGGGGAUAUUAAGGCAAAUUCCUUUCGAAUCUCGGACUCGCAGUGUGCAGCCAUUCAUUCUAGUUGCGAUAUCAAGCGAACUUCGGCGCGAUUCUCACACGACAUCGUCAGACUCCAGCCAAAGGGUUUUGAGCUUCGACCACCACUCCAUUGAAGUAGUUCGAGCACGCAAGUUUGUGGGCUCCCGACUAGCUGCCUACACGCACAUCCUGCCACUCCGCAAGAUCCGAAUGAUCUUUGAGUUGAUCAAUUGCAUCUGGGCGGCUUUGGAUGCGGGCGAUCAAGAUGUGUAUUGGCUGGACGUGGCUUAUGAGAGGAAUCUAGGUACCAUGAUGGGAUGAAGUAGCUGUAGAAGAUUUGUAUUUAGAAUCUUAUGC